AACAACAAUAAUAAUAAUAAAGUUAUGAAAUCAACCUGUAUUUUACCUUCACUUUCAGACAUUUUGAAUCCUUUGCCUCAGCAGGAUUAUAAAUCAUAUCAACAAAGAAAUUUAUCUAAUGCUAGACUUAAGGUUUCAAAUUUAUUGUUAUCCAAAAAUGAUAUAGUAUAUGAAGAAGAACCUGUUAAAGCAAAACGAAAAAGAGCUUCCAGUUCUCAAUUGAAUAUCCUGAAUCGUGUAUUUGAACAAACAUUUUUUCCUUCCACUGAGCUUAGAAUAGAAUUAGGAAGACAGCUUGGAAUGAGUCCAAGAACAGUUCAGAUCUGGUUUCAGAACAAGCGACAAUCACUUAGAAUGAAAGAAAGAGCAAGCUAUAACCAUCUAAUUCGUUCACCACCCAUUUCGCCUUCAUCUAAUCAUACAUACUCAUUUAAUAAUGCAAACCAUCAAACAAAGUCGGUUUAUAACACUCUACCACCACUUAAAUUAUCACAGGCUUCAACUAUCUUCCCUUUAACGCCUUCAUCAUCUGCUCAACCAAGUCCAACAUCCUUCGAUCAUCUUAUGUGAUUCCCCCCCCCUUUUUUUUAUUAUCUUUUUUAUAAAUUGUUGUUGUUUACUUGCUUGCUAAUUUUCGUGAGGAGAGUAUUUUUUUUUUCUGUGUUUAAUUGUUUUGUUAAAGAAAUACAGAAUAACAUGAUAG